GAUAGAGCAAAGAUGAGCGCUAGACAAUGGCAGCUACUGUCUGUCAACUUGUUGACGUUUUCUGUCAGCGAACACCUUGGAUCGACGCCGCAAGUCAGCACAGCUGCCACGGGAAAACAAAACGACAUGCGGAACAGGUAAAACAUGGCGCCACCAGCCUGUCGUCGAUGGUGAGACGGGACAGGACAGGAAGGGACAGGAAGGGAUGUCGGGACCGGGGGUGGUUUUUCUUCUGAUUUCCGUGUUUCCACGUACGCGUGGCCACGACAAAUCAUCUCUUGCCAGGAUGCCCAUCUGUCGCCCCGACCGUCUGUGCAAGCGCCGUCCGUCCUGCAUGCGGGCUCCUUCCUGCCAGCGAGUCUCAUGCCCCAACUGGCGCCUGCUUUGGUCCGAUCGGCCACGGGAGAGCGCCCGCAACCGUUCAUUAAACGGCAAUCGUCUCGUCGCCUUCUGGGGAUUGGGGACUAGAAGUUCGUUUGGCUGUUUACACCGCCAAGAAUGUUUCUUGGCACAUCCGCCUCUCGAAACCAGGACGGACGCGGAUCAGAACACCAUUACUGGCAGUCAUUUUUGCUCAUACCAUGAUCCUCCCAAGAAGCAGACAGUGUGUGCGCGCUCCUUGUGGAUGCUGGAAAAAUAUGGUCCCAAAACCGACCACCUAGCGCGGUCCCCAAAAAGCUUCCAUAUCGGGAGCUGGCCGCUGGGGGGUGGCGUUUACCCCUGAGGUGGCGAGCCGUAGUGGUGGGAGAACCAAGAGAGGGCACUUUCGCCGAGAGUCCCCCACGACGAUCCCAGAUCGAGCUCGAGGAACCACACCCACUUCCGCCCACCCUUCCUCCCGCCCUCCGCGGCAGCGUUCCCCCGGUGUCGUGUCGUCCAAACCAGGCUGCGGCCAUGGCGCCCACCCAUGCCAAACCGCCUUCUAGACUGUGACCGCCCCGGGCGGAUUACGACUUUACAGGGGACGGCUCUACACCGUUGCGCCCCCGCGGCCGAGCGCACGUUGCCCUCCCAGCCAUCUUUCCAACACGCCCCCCCUCCCGCUACUUACAGUCUGGACCGCCGCCCUAACGGAUACCCAGGUAUGCGACUCCGGACUGCACAUACUGUACCCGGGUAUUUGCCCUGUCCCGUCGCGGUUCCUGACCCCUGCUCAAGGAAGAGGGUAUCAGCCUCAUGUUUCCAAAAGUCUCGUCGCAUGUCCUGGAAGACAGGGCCUUGGCACAUAGCCAUGGUCGGGCCUCCCACGCCCUCCCCGAUGGGCACUCAGCACCCCCCUGCGGCCUUCACGGAGAUCAUCUCCAGGUGGAGAGGGCAGUCCCAACCGAAGUGAAGUCGCCGGCGGUUGGGUCUUUUCUGUAUAAGAAUGCUUGGCCCUUUCCCGUUUCUGUCCUGAGAAAAGGAAUCCCAUCUCUUCAUCAGCCACCUUUCCAUCCUUCCGUUUUUUACCGGUCGGGUUUCUCUCCUUUUUUCUUCACUUUCACUUCUACCAUAGGCCAGUCCUAUCUUUUGUCGUAGACAGAUACCAGAGCUGUGCUCUAUUCAAGCCUCAUCGUUUCCUCUUUGAGCACUUUCGUUUCGUGAUUCACCCACUUUAUUUCUCUCCCUUCCUCCCCCAUACCCACAGCCAAGAUGAAGAGCAUCGGAAACAUCGCCCUCCUGCUCCUCGCAGCCACCUCCUACGUCGCCGCCAUGCCGGCCGACAGGGGACUGGCCGCGCGUGACGAGCUCGCACCCGCACCACAGGCCCUUCUCCUCCGCGAUGCCAUUGCGGCGGCGGCGGCGGCGGCAGCAGGGGAGGCUGCUGACGAGGGCGCUGUUGUUGAGGAGUCCGCUGGCGAGAAGGCCGCCGAGAAGAACAAGGGCGCCGGGGCCGGCGCCGCUGCUGGCGGUGCCGCCGACGACGCCACCGCCCCUGCCAAGGAGAACAAGGAGGGCAAGAAAGCCGGGGCCGCUGCCGGCGGCGCCGCCGCCAACAACGGGACCGCAAAUGCUGGCGGUGGCAAGAAGAAUAAAGCGGGCAAGAAGAACGCCGGGGCCGCUGCCGGCGGCGCCGCCGACAACAACGGGACCGCAAAUGCUGGCGGUGGCAAGAAGAAGAACAACGCCGGCGCAGGUGGCAAGGGCAACGGCGCCGGCGGCGCAGGCGGCGAGGGCAAGGGCAACGGCGCCGGCGGCGCAGGUGGCGAGGGCAAGGGCAACGGCAACGGCGCCGCCGGCCUGCUCGAUCUGCUCCAGGGUCUCGGUGGCAAGGGCAAGGGCAAGGACGGCGCUGCCGGUGCUGGCGGCGCCCUGGAAAGCAUCCUGGCUGUUCUGAACGGCGGCGGCAAGGCCAAGGCGAGGCGCGAUCUUCGCCCCGUGCGGCUCGUGUAGGCAGAGCCCUGUCUCUGGUUCUGGAGCGGAAUAGAUCAUCUCUUUACCCUGCGCUUUUCUAUGUCUUCACGGCCCAGUCAACUCGGAUUCUGUCUGCUCCGUAUUUCUUUGUUUUUCUCGAUAGUGCGCCCUCGUGCGCUCCUUAUGUCCACCUUCUUGGCCUCUUUUUUUUCUUCGUGUCAAUGCCAUAUACUCCGUGCCUCGGAGGCAAAAAGAGAAUACCCCCAAGUCAUGCCGUGUGGACAGUGCAGAAAUGAAUCUUGUUCCUUCA